AGACAAUGCUCGAGCCCGACGUCGACGACGGGCCGACGGGCCCCGCGGCGGACCUGCUCCGGCGCAAGGUCAAGGAGACGCUCGAGCUCGACCUCGACGCGCCGGAGCUGCACGACGCGCUCGAGGUCGUGAGCGAGUUCUGGCAGGGCAACACGGCGGAGAACCGGCGGAACCUGCGGAGCGACCUCGAGCGGCGCACGGUGGAGCAGGCCGAGGCCUUCGUGGCGCACUACCGUCCCCUGCGCGACGCGCUCGCCGGGAGCGAGGCCAUGGCCGCGGAGCUCGAGGCGCACGUCGCGGCGACGGCGAGGGAGCUGCGGGACCGCGAGGCCGAGAACCGGCGCGUCGUCGCGGCGCACGACGCCCUCGUCGCGGAGCGCGACGCGCUCGCCGCGAAGCGCGAGGCGACGGUCGCGUUCCUCGCGCGGUUCCAGCUCGGCGAGCGCGAGCGCGACGCGCUCGCGGCCGGCGACUUCGCGCGGGCCGAGGACGCCGACGACUUCUUCGCCGCGCUGGCGCGCGCGGCCGGCGCGCUCGCGGACCUCGACCGCGCGCUCGCGGACGGCUCGCGGUGCUUCGCGGACGCCGUCGGCUGCGGCGAAACCGUGCGGCCGUCGGACGGCGUCGGCGCGGAGCUCCGGGACCUGCUCCGGGAGGCGACGGACGGGGCGCACGAGCGCCUGCUGGCCUUCGCGCUCCGCGCGCUCGGCGGCGACGCCACGACGGCCGCGGACGCGGCCGCCGCGGCCGCGGCGCAAGACCCGCGGAGCGCUCCGCGGCGCGCGCUCGAGGCGCUCCGGCGAUCGCCGGCCCUCGACGCGCGGUGCCGCGACGCCUGCGCGCCCGCGCGGCGCGAGCUCUGCAAGGCGCGGCUCCGCGACGCGCUCGGCGCCGCGUCGCCCGGCGGCGACCCGGAGCGCUACGCGGCGGACCGCGCGGACACCGACCGCCGGUUCGGAACGCUCGAGCUCGGUCGCAUCGGAGCGGCGGACGUGCUCGCGUGGACGCACCAGGCCCUGGCGUCCGAGGGCGAGGUGCUCCGGGGCCUCUUCUUCUCCGACGCCGCCGGCGGCGACGGCGAGGCGGCGCUUCUAGCGGCCGUCGUCGAGGGCCUGGGCGAGCCGCUCGCCGCGCGGCUCCGGUCCGCGGUCGCCGCGCUCGGCGGCGACGUCGCGCGCGUCCACGGCGUCGCGCGGCUGCUGGCGUUCUACGCGGCCACGUUCCGCGGGCGGCUCGGCGGCGACGCGCUGCCGGCGGCCGUCGCCGCCGUCGCCGACGAGGCGCGAACGGCGGCCGAAGCGGGGGCGAAGGCGCUCGGCGACGAGGUCCGCGCGUCCGACGUCCGGCGCUUCGGGCCGCGCGGCGACGCGGCGGCGCCCGCGGCGGCCGCGCUGCGCGCCGCGGGCGCCGUCCUCCGCGCGGACGCGGCGCGGCCCGACGGCGGCGACGACGGCGACUCCGCGGGCACGCUCCUCGCGCUCGUCCUCGACCCGGUGCUGCAGUCCGUCGACGCGGCGCUGGACGCCGCGCCGCUCCGCGAGUUCGCGGGGCCGGCGACCGGCGCGGCGGCGGACGCCGUCGGCGCCGAGCCGCGCGGCGGCGCGCCGGGGUCGGCGGUGGACGCCGCCGCCUGGGCCGUCGACGCCUUCGGCUUCUGCGCGGCCGAGCUCGAGGCGCUGCCGCGGGGCGACGUCGUCGACGCGUACGCGGCGCGCUUCGCGCGGCGCGCGGCGGCCGCGCUCGCCACGCCCCCAGCAGAUGACUGCUUCGAGCCCGACUGCGGCUUGCGCGGCUACAAGUUCCUGAGCUACCGCCUCGCGCGGGAGGCCGUGCUCCGCGACCGGCCGGGCGUCGUCGCCAAGGACGGGUCGAAAACGCCCUACGGCGUCUUCGCCGACUUUGGCUUCCACGGCGCGUCGUGGCUCGGCCGCCGCCGCGAGACGCGCCUCGGCAUCGACCUUUAUUUUAAGAGCAUGAAGGUCUGGCUGCUCGUCUUCUUCGCCGUCUCCGUGCUCUCGCUCGCGCCCCUCCUGGGCUACUGGCGCAACAGCGAGCUGACGGCGGCGCGGCGCGACGCGUCCGUCGAGGCGCGCGGGCCCUCGGCGGCGUUCUUCGCGCUCUCCGUGGGCUCGCUCGGCCAGUACGCGACCGUCUGCGGCAGCGCGGAGGACGGCGAGACCGUCGAGCUCAGCUGCCCGGCGCACUACGAGAUCCAGGAGGUCUUCGCGCGCGGCGCGGCGUACUACGGCGCGCCGGCGGGCGACUGCGCGUGCCCGGACGCGCAGACCGUGGACUCGCGCGGCGAGUGCCCCGGCGACAUGACCCGCGCCAUGGAGUGCGAGGGCGGCGACGCCUGCGUCAAGGGGACGACGGCGCUCGGCGACGCGUGCUGCGCCUUCUCCGCGACGCGCGGCCGCGCGGACUUCGACGGCGUCGACCCGGGGCCGGGGCCCGCGUCCUGCGCGUCGACGUCGGCGCAAAUCGUCGCGCAGGGCGUCUGCCUGGGCCGGCGCGCGUGCGCGCUCGCGGCCGACGGCGACCGGAUGUACAGUUGGGAGGACCGGGGCCGCUACGCGUCCUGCGGGUCCGAGGACUUUCGCGCCGGCGCGGGGGGCUGCGCGGCGUCGCUCGGCGUCGGCGACUUCUCGGGCUGCGCGGAAACGCGGCGCCUCCUCGCCGUCGCCUACUGCGGCCGCGCGGAGCUCCGGACGUCGGCCGCGGGCACUACCCGGCUCGACACCUUCGGGUUCCGCUGCUCGCUCCUCGACGCGUUCUGCGCGUUGCUCGUGCUCGUCGCGUCGCGGUUCCUGCUGCGGACGCAGGAGCGCGCGGAGCGGACCUACGGCACCUACGUCUGCACGCCCGCGGAUUAUACGGUGGCCGUCGACGGCGGCUCGCUGCCGACGGACUACGCGUCGCUCGAGGCCGCGGCGGCGUUGGUCGGCGACCACUUCGAGCGCGUGCUCGGCGCCCAGGCGCCGGUCAUCGAGCCGGGGCCCGUGCGCGUCGCCGACGUCUGCUUCGCCAUCGUGAGCGACCGGACGCUCGUCCGCGCGCUCGACGCGCGCGCCGCGGCCGCGCGGGCCCUCGACCGGUCCCGCGCGGCCGCGGACGUCCGGGAAGCGUUGAAGCGACCGACGGAGCAAGAGGACGAGCCCGCGGCGCUCCGCGAUGCGUUCGCGAAAGCGUCCGCGGCCGUGCAGGACCUCCUCGACGAGGGCAGCAAGGGCGCGGCGCGCGCGGCCGUCGCCUUCGUGACCUUCGAGACGGAGGAGGGCUUCCAGCGCUGCCUCCACGCGUACCCGCCGUCCCUGCGCCGCUGGCCGGGCUUCUUGCAGCCGCGGCGCCUGAAGCUCCAGGGCAAGGCCGUGCGCCUGAGCCGCGCGCGCGAGCCCCGGAAGCUCCGCUGGGAGAAUCUCGGGCUGCCGCUCGGCGCCCAGGUCUGGCGGCGCGCGCUCAGCGCGCUCGCCGUGCUGCUCCUCCUGCUCGCGACGUCGGGCGUCGUCUUCUGGGCCCGCAAGUUCGAGCAGGGCAUGGUCGCGCAGCACCCGGCGCGCGACUGCGGCGUGUUUCCGCGCGUCGUCUCCGACGGCGACGCGGCGUUCGCGUUCUCGCCCGCGGGCUCGGGGACGCUGACCAUGGCCGACGUCGUCAAGGACGAGCGCUUCGAGGACUACGGCCUCCCCGCGGGCGAGACGGGCAAGCUCGGCUGCUUCUGCGACGCCGUCGCGGCGGACGCGUCGCCGCGCGCGGCGACGCGCUACCGCUUCCGCGACCCGGAGACGCGCGGCGCGCUCGGGACGUGGUGCCGCGGCUACUACCGGGACGUCUGGCUCCUGCGCGUCGUCCGCGCGAUCGCCGUCGCCUUCGUCGUCGCCGUCGAGGUCUCGCUCAAGGUCCUGGCCAAGUGGACGACGACGUUCGAGCGCCACCCGUCGACGGUCAACGCCGACUUCUCGACGACGCUCAAGAUCUUCGUGUCGUCGACGAUCAACACGGGCCUGCUCGUGCUGCUCCUCAACGGCAACGUCGACGCCGUCGCGCCGCGCUUCGACGCCUACGGCCUCGACGGAGACCUACGCGUCCGCGCGACGGACACCUACGGCCUCCUCGGCGGCGCCUACUACGACUUCACGGCGCCGUGGUACGCGUCCGUCGGCGCGGCCCUCGUGUCCGCGAUCAUCCUCGGCGUCGCGGGCGAGCUCGGCUACGCCGUCGCCGUCGUCGUCAUGCACAAGCUCGAGGUCUGCCGGGACCGGGGCUGGUCCUGCGACGCGUCGGUGACGCGCGCGCUCACGCAGGACGAGCUCGUCGCGACGCUCGCGCCGCCGCGCAUGACGUUCCCGGCGCGCUACGCCUUCCAGCUCAAGGUCCUGUUCGUGUGCCUGCUCUACUCCGGCGGCAUCCCGCUGCUCUGGGCCGUCGCCUGCGCGACGUUCGCGGGCUUCUACGCCGUCGACAAGGUGCUCUUCACCAAGUUCCUGUCGGCGCCGCCGCCCGUCGGCGCGCGCCUCGCGAUCUUCGCGAGCUCGCUCGCGCCGCUGGCCGUCGCCGCGCACUGCCUGGUCGCCGCGUGGAUGCUCACGAACCCGGAGAUCUUCGACCAGGACGACGCCGACGGCACGCUCAUGCGCACGUGGUACGAUCCCCGGCCGCCGCAGGUCGCGGACCUGGCCUUUGCGUCGACGAGCCGCGAGACGUCGCUUGCGGACCGCGCGGACCACUGGAACGCCAUGCCCCAGUUCUUCGUCCUCGCGCUCUGCGGGCUUUUGGGCGCGCAGCGCGCGGUCCAGAAGCUCGCGGCCCUCGCGCGCGCGGCCAACGACGCCUUCGCGGACGCGCUCCAGGCGCGCUGCGGCUGCGCGCGGCUCGCGGCGUGCCUCCGGGAACCCGCGGCCGACGUCAAGGACCUGCCGCCCUACGUCGAGGCCGUGCCCGCGGACGUCAUGGAGCGCCGGAUCCGCGCGGGCGUGCUCAAGCCCCACGUCCUCGCGGCCUACGCCGAGGAGCUCGCGCGGCGCCGCGCGGACACGUCCCGCGACGGCCUCUUCGCGGCGAACGGCCGCCUCAAGGUCCGCAUGCAGGGCCUCGAGACCUACGAGUUCCGCGCGAACGACGUCUACGUGCGGCGCUUCGCGCUCGACGCGCGGUGCCUCGCCGAGGGGCCCGGCGGCGACGACGAGGCGCCGCCGUCGCCGCCGUCGCCGCGCGACCGGCGCCGCGAGGAGCGCGAGAGCGACGCGACGGAGGACGCGCACGCGGCGGCGCUCGAGGCGCGGCUCGCGGCCGAGGACGAGAACGACCGCGCGGACUUCCUCGGCCGCCUCUCCUUCGGGAGCCGGUCGCCGACGCGCCGCCGCGGCGCGCAGCGCCGCCGGUCGUCCGAGGAGCUCCUCUCCGCCAACGCGCGCCGCGCGCUCCAGCACCUCAGCCCGACGCGGCCGCGCGAGCCGAACUCGGACGACUCGCUCGCGCUGUGAGAGAGAAGCACUACCCCGUGUUAAAAAGUGCCUCGAU